AUGGUGCAGCGUGCAGAGGAGAAUAUCUUUGUUGUUCAAGAGGAGGACGGGCUGCUGGUCGUGGCUGUUUACCAGACCAGACCUACUCCACCCUCCACCACCACCUUGACAGCAGCAGCAGCACGUACAGCAGCAAGACCGAUGGGCCCGCUCCCCCUCCGCCCCCGCCCCUCCAAGCGCCAAAGCGACUGCCCAGCAAACUCGCAAUGGUACGUCUGCUCCGCCGGGCCCGGCUUCCGCGGCUGCUGCUCCACCGACCCGUGCAACUCCGGCAUCUGCCCCGCCGCAAGCCAGCCCGAGGACACGACCACCACCAGCACUGCGCGCGCUACUGCUGCUGCUACGACUGCUACGAUGACGACGAGUCGGGGGGGGAUUGUGGGCACGCCUGUCGCGCGCACGACGACGCUGCCGGUGAGCGGUACGGCGGCGACGUAUCCGACGUAUCCGACGGUGCAGACGGUGCAGACGGCGACGGGGGCGGGCGUGGAGAGUGAGAGUGCGAGUGCGAGUGUGACGACGGGCGGGGGCGGGGGGGUGGUGACGGUGGCGGGCGAGCGGAGCACGAUUACGUUGAAUGCGGGGACGGCGACGGUGACGGGCGCGGGUGGGGGGGCGACGGGGCUGGCGGAUGGGAGCGGUGGCAGUGGCAGUGGACCGAGCAGUGGGGUGAAUGUGGCGCCGAUCGUGGGCGGGGUUGUGGGCGCGGUUGUGGUGGCUGUUUUGGUGCUUGUUGCGGUGGUGGUGGUGGUGAGGCGGAGGCGGAGACGGAGCAGGGAGGGGGCGGUGAAGCAGGGUUUCUUCAGCACCCUCUUCCACUGCACCCACUCCCCCGCCAGUCCCUCCCCCUCCCCCUCCGCCCCUCCCACCAGCUUCUUCGGCCUCUUCGCCAAGAAACCCACCGCCCACCCCCCGCACUCCCCGGGCCUCUCAGACAUGAACAAACACACCCCCCCCCCACCCCCCGCCGAGAUGCCCACGCCCACGCCCACGCCCGCGCACGCGCACGCGGUAGAGCUGGAGUCCGACGCCGUCUCUGCGCCGUCCGAGCUGUCGUCGGGGUCGACGCCGCUCUACCAGAGCAGCGCGUGGACGCCGAGCGCCGUGAGCACGUCGAGCACGGGUGCCGUGCUGUCGCCGAAGCGGGAGACGCAUUAUAGCGAUUCGAGUACGGCGGGCGUGCCGGAGCUGCCGGGGUCGGGGGCGGGCGCGUAUGGUGGGAGUGUGCCGGAGCUGCCGCCGGGGGGGUCGUAUGGUGGCCAUGGCGGGGGGAUGCGGCCGCAGGAGCUGGCGGGGGGGUCGGCGCAUGGGCAGCAGCAUUCGCAGCACUCGUAUGGGCAGCAGUCGUUGGCGCCGCAGCAUUCGCAGCACUCACAGCGCUCCGACGGGCAGCGCUCACAGCCGUCCGGAUUCCUCGGCCCGCACUCGCGCCAGCAGCUGCACGACCACGGCCCGCAACCACCGUCCAGUAGUGGCGCGUCGCAGCCGGGACUGAGGGGCGGAGGGUGGCCGGGCGCGGGUAUGGUCGCCAAUCUGAAUAACAGCUUGAGGAGGAAGACGGGGCGGCAGCAGCAACAGCAACAGCAACGGCAGCAGGGGCAGGGGCAGGAGACGCAUGUCAUGAGCUGGAUGGACUAUGAGUCGGAGCCGGGGAGCUCGGGGCAGGGAGGGGUCAUUCGGUAG